CUUUGUCAAAUAUAGCGGCCCAGCCUAAUGAUGGCUGGAUCCUGAUACGGUGGCUCCGUAAAACAAUUUACGGCGACGACGCGGGGAGGUAUCCAGCCUGAUCUGUUCUCUUGUGUGAUUUUUGGAAUUGAUCAUUUUAUUUUAUUUCCCCCCAUGUUCUUAGUUUUGUGCGUCAGUUUGUUCAAAUCCUACUAGGCAGCAAUCAAACAAAUGUGCUGCCUGCGCAAUCCAGGUGCCUUAAGUUUAGCGCUAGUCUGACCCGUACGUGGAUCGGCCUCAAUCCCAAGUUUCUCUGUACCACCGCAUAACGCCUGAGCGCGACUUGACGUCGCCCCCGUCCGCCCAUUCCGACCCCGGCUGGAUAUGCCUUACCCGCCGUUCGGACAGGCUUGAAAGUUUCUUAACCUUUUUCUAUAUUUUUUUAAAAAAAAAAAUUUAUAUUUCCAAGCCACCCCUUCCCCGUCCCGUGUUCAUCGGCGGAACUCCCCGGUCGGAAAUCACCUCACCCCGGGGCCCCUGGCCAAAAAUCCGGGCCUUUGUGGCACCCAGCAUUGUCUUCGGUGUAGUCAUGGCCGACGACGAUGCGGAACCCCGCACACAGGUAACUGAGGCGGGAUGUGGUUCGGCGGUGCCAUCCUCGGCUGCCAAGUCUUCGGAGCCAAUGGCGUGCGUGGGCUGUCGUAGUCGAAAGCUCAAGUGUUCACGUGAUUUACCCAUCUGCGUUCGUUGCGCGAGGCUCAAGAUCGAAUGUGUAUACCCCGAGUCUCGCAGGAAGCCGUUGAACAAGCGCAAAAAUGUCAAGGAGCUCGAGGCUCGACUAGCACUUGUUGAGGAUCUCCUCAAGGACGCCGGCGCCAAUCCAAGACAGGGUGGCGUCAAGAGCCCGUCAGUUGAAACCAUUGGUGAUGUCAACUUGGACGAUGUCAGCCCUGGAUCUGGGUCUGGUGAUGGUGAUGGUUCUGCAGAUGUCGAAUUUGCAUAUGACAGUACCGUACCACCCAUGGCUUCGUAUUGUUCUAGGGGUCUCGAUCAAAUCCCGAACCAGCAAACGAGCAGCGACUACUUCAAUACGCAAGAGCUGAUGGGUUUGGGCAUGUUCGAGGUGCCCCCUCCGUUCGACGUUGUUGAUGAAAUGCACACACAAUUCUUUCAACAACAGCACACCUUCAUCCCCAUUGUUCAUCCGGCUCGCUACCUCAAAUCAUUUCACUCUGCGCCGCAUAUGCGUCCUCCCAUGGCCCUUCAGUACGCCAUCUGGGCCAUGGCUGCCUUUCAAAUGGACAAAUACUCGGCCUUCCAUGACCCUUAUUAUCGUAGGGCACGGCAGUAUCUGGAAGCUGACGAGCUCAAGGGCGUCGGAGAACAUUUCAUCACAAUUCAGCAUGCGCAAGCCUGGGUACUGGUGGCUGCGUACGAGGCACGAACCAUGCACUUCACUCGUGCUGCCAUGAGCUGCGCCAGGGGCGUUAAGCUUUGCCACAUGAUGGGUCUACAUCGCCUCGAUGAACCGGGCUAUAUGGACAGGAUAACACCCACGAUACUCCCGCCACAAAGUUGGGUUGAGCUUGAAGAAAGACGGAGAGUUUUUUGGGGUGCGUUCAUCAUCGACAGUCAUGCAUCAGUCUCGACAGGCUGGCCUAGUAUGAUCGAACCUAGCCAGAUCGCAACAAACGUACCAAGCUCGCACGACGCAUUCGUCAGCGGCAAAGAAGAGGAAACAGCGAGACUAAAAGACCUCUUUUUUGGCGCCUCUUAUUCGACGUUUGCCGCAUCAGUCGGCAUAUGCCACAUAUUCAACCAACUUCUGGCCCACGUCGCCCAGAUUCGUCCCGAUGAUCGUCCCCAAGACCUCGAAUAUGGUAACUUCUGGAAACGCCACAGGGACAUUGAUAAUACACUCUCCAGCUCUUUCAUGUUUCUUCCAGAUGGGAUGCGGCUGCCCAAGAACAACCGGAACCCCGCUGCCGUGUUUAUGAACCUCAACCUGCAUGCUUCCGUAAUCUGUCUGCACCAGUGCGCUAUCGAUCGCGCACAAGCCCACGAGCUUCCCGACACUAUCGCGCAGUCCAGCAUUGUUCGCGUCAUCAACUCGGCAGAUGAAAUUGUCAACAUUGUGAAGCAAGCAGUUCAAGUCGACAGUGCGUCGGCGUUUAGGAACCCGCUCGUCGCGCUCAGCCUGUACUGUGCGGCUUCGGUGUACAUGUAUGUCUCCAGCGAGCCGGAGAAGGAUGGCAAAGAGCCAUCCAAGAAGACUCAAGUGAAGCCCAGCCACCUGGACGCAUUGGAAUUCCUCAUCCAGUGCUUGGUAGCCAUCAGCAGGAUCCACGCCAUAACACAGUCAUUCUUGCGACAGAUUACUGCGGAUCUGGAUCAUUACAACCUCGCAGGCCUAGUCAGGCUUCCGCCGAUUGAAGGUCUCGAUAUGACAAAGAUCGGCUACAACAUACCGUUGCUGGCUCGGACUUCACUGGCAAACCAUGCCAAAGUCCAAUCGCCGCUUCCUGGCUACCUGCCACUGGGUAAGCCGAUGGGACAAUCCAAUAUAAGAGGGGCUGGCAAGUCGAAAAUGCCAGUUACCUGGCUGUGUCAGGGGUCGAUGCCAAAUUCAUCUCGAACCGAACCGCAAGUCGACGAAGCCAGAAGUGGACAGGAGGCCGAUGGAAAUCGCGGCAAACGAAGACGUAUGAGCAAGGAGGACUCAACCGGCCAACUAUCAGCCCAAGAUGCGCAACAAGUCAACUCGUACUAUGACAACUGGCAAUAUGCCAGUGAUUCCUCGGGACUGAUGGAAUAUUCAGACCCGACGACUUCAGGUUACCCCCAGCAGCAGCAGCAGCAGCAGAUGUCUGGACUGGCCGUAGGAACUUCGGGUCUCCUUUCCUCGUUUCAAACAGCGCUGCCGCACAGAAACAGCAACUCGUCGUGCAGCUCGCCGGCUGGCGUCUUCACCAACUCCCGCGGCUCGUCCGACAACACGCCGGCUACCGCCACCUACAGCACGGCAUCGGUGGCCAGCGACGGCGGGGGCCUAUUUGGCGGUCCGCCGCCUGCAGGUCUUGCCGACGAGCAGACGGUCUUUAUUACUGACGAAAUGUGGAACACGGCAGAUAUUGAUGCGUUUGUGCAGUCGGCAUCGUCGAAUCAGCCGCAGGUUUCUGGGGUAGGGACGGAGAACCAACCAGUAGAUGUGUCUUGGAACUUUAUGGGAUGAAAUGGAGGGAGAACAUGGAAUUUUAUUCUUGACUUGCUUGAAUACUCAAGCAUACGGCCAUGCCAGAUUCAAGGGUGGGUGUGUAAAAAGAGGAGGUGACGACGGGUGGGUUCGGUUUUUUGCCUUUGGAUGCUUUUAGGUGUCAAAGAUACCCCUUCUUAGCGACGGCGUUUCUGGCAAUUUAACGGGGCGGUUCGGCAGUAUAUGGAACCCGAAUGCUGGAAUUGUUCUUUUAUUUUAUUUUAUUUUAUUUUUGGCUUGGUUUGGUUUGGCUUUUUUGUAUAGUAUCGCAUCGGAACAUCUCUGCUCUUUCGUGUGCACAAGAUUUACACAAAUCGGGUGCGUGUUUUUUGAGGAGCGUGUCACGCAACUAACAUUUAUCAUACAGGCCCGCAUCUAGAUUAGACAAACACCCCCCUAACUCUUAUUGAUCUCAUUAAUGUGUCUUUAUUGUAUAUUGAAAUCUUGCAUACGAUUGUUGUAUUUUUGUUGAAUGUAUAUAUUUCUUUUCUGAUUAUGCCAGUCACGUGGAUGGCUGGGCGGUUGUCGUACCACCGCCAGGCGCCACUGCAACGGUCAUGACUUGACGUAGGUCAAGGCAGAGC